GGGGAAAGGAUUUCUGAAGUGCCUUUGUACGUUUUCCAAACGGCAUUAAAAGUGUUCUGGGGUACAUACUGCAAUUUGUCUGGUUAAAAUUACCUGCCAAAAGUAAUGAUAGUACCUGAGCUGCAACUGUUCUCUGGGCCUCUGGUGGUGAGAGAGAGAACUCCUGAAAUGCUCCCUGGAUUUCCAGCAUGUUUCCUGGUGUGCAAGGAUUCCAGUCACGUAGGAGGGUGUCAGAGGUGUGUGUUUGGGGGGAGGAAGGGGAGCCAAGUGACUCUUUUUAGCAGGUGCUUGCUUAUGCCUGCUGGAGUUUAGCAGGCUAGAUUCAAUUUGAGUUCUGUUAGUAGGUCUGACGCUGUCUCUACCCUGCACCAGUAGCUCUCUUAAAACAUUAUGUGAAAUUUCAUGAAUUGAUUCAGACUUAAAAAGAGGAUGCAGACCCACUUCUUCAGUGGGCAUGCCUGGGGGAGCACGUUGCUGCAACUGGCAUUCGUUUCAAGAAGUGUUUUCUUUACUUCCUGGUGUGAACGUUUCCUUUGAACUUCAUUUAGAGAAAUCAGUAUGCAUUCUCUUCAGUAAGUAAUUUUAAAAAUGUUCUGCAGAAAUACAUUUAGGACUGCUUGCAGUUUUUUUAUUUCCUUUUGCUGAAGUCACUUUAAAUCCAUCACCCCAGCCUGGAGAGUCGUCAGGCAGAAAUCUUGCUCUGAAGGUAGCUGAGUUCUUCCUGCAUCAGUUUUGCCUGAGCAUUCAGAAGACAGCCAUGUAAUACUACGUAGUAAUGAAACCUGUUGGAAUUUCGGAGGGGCAUCUAGUCUCUUUUGAUCCUGCUAAGGAGCAAUGAUUCAAGUGCUACAGAUUGUAAAGGAUCUGGUGUCGCCAGCAAGACGGAGAACAGAUGCUGCUAAGAAAGGUGCAGAUGCCGAGCAGGAUGCUGCUGUCAAACUUGCCCAAGAACGAGCAGAGAUAGUUGCCAAGUAUGACAGAGGACGAGACGGUGCGCAGAUUGAGCCAUGGGAAGAUGCUGACUAUCGUCUUUACAAAGUCACAGAUAGAUUCGGGUUUCUACAUCCAGAAGAGCUUCCUGUCCACGAUGCAGCAAUAGAAAAGCAAAAGCACCUUGAAAUUGAAAGAACUACAAAAUGGCUUAAGAUGCUGAAAAGCUGGGAAAAAUACAAGAAUAGUGAAAAGUUCCACAGGAGAAUUUAUAAAGGAAUCCCGUUGCAGUUCAGAGGGCAAGUUUGGUCUUUACUACUUGAUGUCCCUAAAAUGAAAAAAGAAAUGAAAGACUUCUACAAUGAAUUGAAGUGUCAAGCACGAGGGUCUUCACCAGACAUUAGGCAAAUUGAUCUUGAUGUAAAUCGAACAUACAGGGAUCAUAUCAUGUUUCGAGACAGAUAUGGUGUUAAGCAACAAUCUUUAUUCCACGUUUUAGCUGCGUAUUCCAUAUAUAAUACGGAAGUUGGAUACUGUCAGGGAAUGAGCCAGAUCACAGCUUUACUCCUUAUGUACAUGAAUGAAGAAGAUGCCUUCUGGGCCUUGGUGAAACUGCUCUCGGGUCCGAAGCACGCUAUGCAUGGUUUUUUUAUUCCUGGUUUUCCAAAACUGUUGAGGUUUCAAGAACAUCAUGACAAAAUACUGAAAAAAUUUUUGUCCAAACUUAAGCAGCAUUUGGACUCCCAGGAGAUGUCCACAAGCUUUUACACAACAAAAUGGUUUUUCCAAUGUUUCCUUGAUCGUACUCCCUUUACAUUAAGCCUCAGGUUAUGGGAUAUCUACAUACUUGAAGGAGAGCGGGUUCUCACCGCUAUGUCGUACACAAUUAUGAAGCUACACAGAAAGCAUCUGAUGAAAUUACAAAUGGAAGAGCUUGUAGAAUUUCUGCAGGAGACUCUAGCUAAGGAUUUCUUCUAUGAAGAUGACUUUGUAAUAGAGCAGCUCCAAAAUUCUAUAUCAGAAUUGAAACGAGCGAAGCUGGAUUUACCAGUAGCUGGUAAAGAAGAUGAAUUUCCAAAGAAGCCAUUGGGGCAAAUUCCAUCAGGACCUCAGCCUGCUAUGCCUAAUUCCACUCCAAUGCUUAAUGGACAGAACAGCACUGGUACACAAACAACGAGAAGGACAGAGAGGAGACCAUCCUCUGGAGAAGAACUGGAAAAUUCACCAAAUAACCGAAAAAGAAUUAAUUCACUGGAGAAACAACCUUCCUUAAAACAGCAGAAGUCUCGACCGAUAGACACACAGAGUAUACAGUCUAAAACUGAGGUAGAUGCUAGAAGAAAGCCUCAACCCAUGGGGCAAGACAACUCAAGGCAAUAUGAUAAUGCAGCUGCUAACCAAAAUUCUAAUGCUAUUUCAAAUACAAGAAGGGAAUUUGUACCUAAGUGGAAUAAACCAUCCGAUAUCAAAAUAAUUGAAAAGACCAUGAAACUUACUGCAGAAGUGAAAGGAAGGCCAAUAAAUCAUUCAGUUUCAGGCUCACCACCAGGUUCUGCAGAAACACAGCCUUUGAAUGUAAAGCAAAAGAUGAGGGUUUUGGAUGCUGAUGAAGGUAAGCGUGGGUCUAAUGCAUCACAGUACGACAAUGUUCCGGAAGCUGAUAUUGAGAAUGAGAAUAUUGUUGAAGAGAUGCUUGAGAGAGCUCAUCCACAGAGUCCAAGGCAUGUAGCAUAUUCGAAUAGUCCAAGAAAACAAGCUGAUAAAAUACCUGCUCCAUUAAAAAUAUCCAACAAUUACACCUUCACUUCCCAACCCAGAUCUCCAAAAUACUCCUUGCCAUCUGAUGGACCACCUCAUGGACUGAAUGUAAAACAGCCACUGCCAUCUUAUAACAAUCCACCUACUUAUCAUGGAAAUUCUCCAAAGCAUGUUUCCAGUAUAGGCAAUACAAGUUCCAUACCUCUGCACUACCACGGGAAUCGAACCAGCCCUUCUGGUAGACCAUAUGGUUCUUUUAUUUCAGCAGAUUACUCUCCAGAUAAAUUACAAGUGAACUCUUAUCCUGCCAAUCGCCAAAAUCCUCUCUCCCCAGCCCCUGCUCGGAUAGAAGUAGCCCCUGUCGAUGCCUAUACCAGCAACCUGAGGUCCCCCCCAGGUGUCAAAUUCAUAAUCCCUCCUGUGGACUAUUUGCCAGAAGAUAGGAAGUGGCCAGAUGCUGCGUAUAUUUAUAGACAAGAACCAUACAGGCAGCCCUGGAGCCAAGACAUUAACACGGGUCACUUGGAUAACUUCCAGAAAUACCAGCAUUUUCAGGCAACACCUUUUCAAGACCACGGUCUUCCCGCUGUUUCUGUGGAUGGUCCAAUAAGAUACAGGACUUCACCAAACUUUGAAGAGCAUGGUUCACCACAAUACCAAUAUUCAGGUCCAUCAGCUCAAGCCCAACACUACCGAAAUCGAAAUGAUGGAUUGUCUAUGCAUGAGUCUGUGCUUCUCUGAGAAUCUGUCUGUACUUACUAAAGUGGCAAGAACCAAACUCAGUUAUGCAUUACUGUGUUAGCAGUAGUCCACCUCAUUUCCUCUAUGAAAUGUGGACAGUUCACAUGACUCUGUCAAAAAGAACACUAUUUCAAAGAUGUUUCAGGCUUUCACUGAAGGCUAGUUGAGUUCUUAGACUUGCAUCGAAGCUCGCGAAAGUGAUCUGAUGCACAUAGUCGUAGCAAUAGCAAUAAGAUCAUAUACACAGUAUAGCUAAUACUGUCAUUUUCCCUCAAAUUUAAAUAACUCGUGUUAUGAUCUUUCUGCCUAAAACCUAACACAUUUACAGGUUUUAUUUUGACUGACAUUGUUAAUGCACUGUAUAGAUGUGUGGGUGCAUGUGUGUGAGUGUGCACUUACAUACACGAAUGCAUAUGAAAAAGAGCUAAAGAGUUUAAAUGUAAAUGCAUUUAACUUUGGGCAAAGCUUGUGAAGUACUUUUAUUUCAUAUUAAUUUUUCUUUAUAAUUUAUUUGAGAAGCCAUUCAUUUUGAAUGGGAUUUUCUGUCAUUGUUAUACAGCUGCCUCAGUAUCCCAGUAUCUGUUCUGGGCAGGGGAGAUACUUUGGGAUUAUUAAUUUAAACUUAUGUGAGAGUUAAUUUCCUCUCCUUUGACUACUGUUUGUCAUUUUCCUCAGCAGGAAGGAGCAGGCAGGCAAAAGCAGAAAGCCAAAAAUGUCUUUAUAAUCUGGCUAAGAAAUGGUGCUGAAAAUUCAGGGCAGUCUCUAGUUUCUUAGGUGAAUGAAAGCGGAGAGUUUUUACCUUUGCACCCAAACCUACCAUCAGAAUGUCUGAAAUCUGCAAAAUGCUGGGGCAUGGUGAGAGCAAGGCCAGAUCCAGAAAUGGUGCUUCACCCUUCCCUUUUUUGCCACGCCGUGCUGUCAAGCUAAACAAAUUGGUUGCAAGGCCAAAUCUCACAGGUAUCAGAACUACCAUCUCCUUGAUGCUUUUGAGAAGUACAUGCAGGAGGCUGAGACUUGGUCGUGACUUGAUAUUCCCUGAGCCGUGCGCAUAUGCAGUGUCCCUUCUUUUAAGCUUUGUCAUGUCAAUUCCAUUUUGGUUUUGCCCUAUUUUUCCCCAAAGAGCCAGUAGGUCCGUGCCUGUGAUAGGGCAUGUGCUGCUGUGCUUUCAGGCUGCUGAGAGACUGUUGUUUGUUUUUUUUACACUAAAACCAUCCUGACUGUUAAUAGGAAGCUUAGACUCCUGGUAACGUAUUUUUAAUUAGCGUUUGCAGCCUUUUUUUUUACUUUGUUUUUGCUUUUCUUUUCGUUGACUGUGAACUGGGGGUGACAAAAACGCAGGUUGAAGUGGCACGCGGAGGAUGCAGCCUUGUGAGCUGCCGGGGACCACGCAGGCAGUGCGGGAUGCACUGACCUCUCCUUGAAACCAAGGGGACUGGAGGUGGGUAAGGAUCUCGCCAGAAGAGGUCCUUGGAGUGCUUAACAGAGAGAUUUUCUAAUCCUUAAGUACCUAGCAUCGGUAGCAACAUCGGUUCUGGAUGGAUUCGAAGGUUGUCCUGUUCUCUUUUGUAAGAUUUGUUAACUGAAAACAUAGAAAUGGAUUUUAUUUUAUUUUCUUUUAAAGAAUGAGCUUUAGUGCCUAUUAUUGCUGCAGGUUGGCUCUGUAAGUUUUAAGGUACAGAAGUAAAACAAUUUUUAUAAAUGGAAGUAACAUUUACUUAGUAUAUUUCAAAACUUUUUUUUUUGUGUGUGUAUAUGAUGUGUCUGAUGUAAUUUUUAAUGAACUGGGCAAUUUUAUAUUUUAAGAGUCGCAAACUGCAGCGAAGUAACAGUAGCAAAGCACUACACUGAAACUCUAAAAUUGUGAAGAUAAAUGAGACUUGGGCUUACCUUAGUUCUGAUUGCUUACAGCAGCUUAGAAAUGUAUGUAUAUAAUAUCGUGGCUAAGUGUAAUAAUCGCAGUGUUUAACGAUGGUUCUGUAAUUCAUAACAAGGCUGUACAAUUCAUUUGUGCAAGCAACACGAAGCUCUAAAAUAUGUAUCAGCAUUAGUAAAUACUGUAGAUUUUUAUAUAUAAAAAUAUAUACACGUUAUUUUCUUAUGUCAUCUGCAACAGUUUUAUAACUGUGUAUCCUAUUUUGAUGUGACUGUAUUUUUAACGUUAAAAUAAUAAUAAUUAAGCUUC